UGGGACGGGACGGAUGUUUCAAAAAGGGUGUCAUGGCCCCCGAAUUUGCUUUUUUCUUUUUUGCGCUUUCUACUUGUGAAUAACUUCACUUUGCCUUUUGUUUCAUCAUGGGAGUUCCCCACAUAAAUGCCCGCCAAGAGGUGCAGGUUAUAACUCAGACUGUUUCUCUCCCCACGACCACUUACACCACACAAGUUACACUAGGCAUAGCUUCGGCUCCAGCCACGGGCCGUCCCGUUGUGACGUCUCAGCAUAGCGGUGAUGGACUAAGCAGUGCACAAAUCGGAGCAAUCAUCGGAUCUAUUGUUGGAGUAUUUGUUCUCGCUUUUGUUGUGGUAUGUUGUUGUCGAAGACCGAGACAGCCUAAGAAGAGGAGGAGUUAUCGAAGCAGUUAUGCGGAUUCUUCAGAUGGUUGGUCUGACAGGAUGCCGAAUGAGAACUGGACGAGGCCUGUGCCUAUUCCCGUUGCCAGACCUGUCCCUGUCCAGUUUCCGCCGCCGGUUGUGCAGAGGGAGCAGAUUCCGGGGGGACCAAAGUUCCCGACUUAUAGGGCGAUUCCUAUUCCUAACCCGAGACGGGGAGAGAAUCCUCCGAGGACAUACUGGCGAUGACGUUGCCUUCCCGUCAGCAGAAGAUUUGAGGCAUGAAUGAUUUAUGAGAAAUGUGAGAUGAAGGACACGACGAAUGAAAUGAAUGAUGACGGGAAAGAGAACUGUGAUGUGUUGCAGUCAGGCAUCAGAUGGGAGGCAUUCAUGAUCAGAGAGCG